UGUUGCAAUAUCUGUUGCAUUGCAAAAUCAAAAUGUGGUUGCAGUGACGGAAAUCAUGUUUUAUUAGCCUUUUAAUCACAUUGGAAUACUUGAAUAAUCAACUCCAGCAUGUUUCACUUGAGCUUAAAUACGAUGAUAUAGUUAAUACUAGUUGAUAGGCUUAUAGCCUACUCAAAUAGGAGAGCAUCAAGACUGCGGAUAAGACAUAUCGGCCUUGGUUUAAGCUCGGAUGGGCAUUGAAUGCAAACUAUAGUUGAAUGUGUAACGUCUAAUAGGCAAUCAUAUCAUAUUCCACAUGGGUAGUCAGGGUUUUGGGUACUCAUCUCGUGGUUCUGGUUGCAACCGGUCUAUUGGUGUUUCCGCUACACCAGAAAAACCCAGGUUCAGGCCAAAUGCUCUCUGUGUUGUACCAUGCACAGUUUCCCAACUCCACUCUGCCACUGAAAUCCAAAGUGGUUUUUCAAUGGGAGAGAUUGAGAUUAACAUGGUGUCUCUAGUGGGGAUUGUGCGGAGAGUUUCGUCCUCCAUGUCAUCCAUGCUGUAUUUGUUGGAUGACAUGACAGGGGCACCCAUAGGUGCACGGUUUUGGCUUGACGGUGAGGAAGAUGGUGUGGAGAAUUCUGCAAUCCCCCCUGGCACUUACGUCAAAAUCAUCGGCAGGCUCCGUUCCUUUGAGAACCAUAGGUCAGUGGUUGGUCUUCACAUCCGUAGACUGCAGGACCUGAAUGAGAUCACCUCCCAUAUCCUAGAGGUCACGCAGGCCCAUAUGGCUUACGGAAACCCUCCACUGCAUAAGACAAACAAUACAUCGAUAAGUUAUAUUGGAACAGAACAGCACCAAAGUGUUAAAAAUGUGGAAGGGUUCAGCCCUGCCCAGAACGAGGUCUUCAAGUUGAUAAAGAGCUAUCCAGACCCGUCAGGAAUAAGUCUCAAGAUUCUAAGCAACUGUGUUACGCCACAGUAUUUGUUCAAUAUCAAGAACUGUUUGCAGUUUCUCACAAAUGAAGGUCACAUCUACACCACUGUUGAUGACGAUCACUUUAAGGCAGUUGACUGAUGUGCUGUCCCCAUUCUUAUGGAAAUAACCAUGACCUGGCCAAAGACAGGCCAAGGCCAAAGUAGGCCUAGUGUGUUGUGUUUAACAUGAGGCCAGGUGGAAGGCCCUUUCAUCAUGUAAAAGUACAUGAUUUGAUUCAGAAAGGCUUGUGAAGUCAAGGACUUGAUUUGUGCUACAUGUUCCUCAGGGGAAUAGAAUAUAAUUUAUAUUUUCAACAUGUUAAAUGUUUCAACAUGUUUGGUUUCAAAAGGGGAUAGGCCUAAUGGGUAUUUAAUUUUUGUAUUCUUUGGGUCUUUGAUAGA